GCUGGUGUUCCCUGGAUGGGGGCUGAAUUCCCCCGUGCUGUCCCUCAGGAGGGAGUCCCGGAGGAGACCGAUGACUUCGGCGAGUUCCGGAUGCGCGUCUCGGACCUGGUGAAGGACCUGAUCUUCCUGGUGGGCUCCGUGGAGUGUUUUGCUCAGCUCUACGCGACGCUCAAAGAUGGGAACCCGCCCUGGGAGGUGACGGAAGCCGUGCUCUUCAUCAUGGCCUCCAUCGCCAAGAGCGUCGACCAGUGAGUGCUGCCCGUGUCCAGGGGACCUGGGGGGCCAGGGCUGCUCCUGGGUGACACAAACACCACAAACACCCCAAGGACAUUCCC